AUGGCAAUGGCUAUGAAACACUCAGAGGGUGGAAGAAUAGUUGGUAUAAAUUCACGUGCUCUUAAACAUCCCUCCAAAGCUCAUUAUCAUCAGGGCACUUACCCCAAGAAUUCUUCAAAACGAGGAGAAUCUUCCUUUCAAAUGCUGAACUCUACAAGGGGACACUCACCUAAUGGAUCUGGUUCUCGUACACCGCCCAGUUUGGUGGCAGGCCACUAUGCUGGCUGCAAGUUUUCAGAGCCCCCUUUGCCUUCGGCUCUACCACUGCCUCCGAAACAUUGGACGCAGGCAUUCCGACCGACGAGGUUGAAUUUCCACUCGCAUUUAGCGAUUCCUGCAUCUUCCGAUCACAGGGACGUAACACAGCAACUUAAAAUGUUGCUAAAGGUUCAAGCCUGA